AGUCGUAGUCUUAGUAGUAGUCGUAGUAGUAGUCGUAUUAGUAUUAUUAGGAAUAUUAAUAUUAUUUAAAAGCAACCUAAUCCAUCUGCAUUGUUCCUUUGGGGUCAUCUACACUUUUCGUUUUGUAUUUCUGUCUUUAGUGCUGAAUGUUCUAGUAGCUGCUGCCAUUCACUAUCUAGUUUUAUGUUUGUUUAUUUCCCUUUGUUUAUUUCUUUAUUUUUUGUUACAUAUUUAUGAGAAAUCUUUAUCACUGUGAGGAACAGCAAAUGUUAAAGUAUUUAAGACAAUAAAAUAAGGUUUUAAUUUGUUUUGACGUCCUCUAUAAUAACUGCUUCAUAUAAAAAGAAUUUUGUGUUGGAUUUUGCUUGAUUUGUUUCAUCUUUACCCACCAAGAUAUUGAAAAUAGGCUGGAGUUGUAAUAACUUUUUAUUUUAUUUUGGUAUCGUCAUUUGUCCAACCUCUUUAAAAUCAAAUACAACUUAUUUGUCUAACUCACCUCGUUUGGUCACCUGCAUCAUUGAGUGAUGUUACAGUCAGUCUAGCCCCUCUUAGCACUCCUCUCUGACAACAUGAACCAGUGACUUUAGGUUUGUUUCAUCUUGCACGCUACCUGCUGAUUACACUGAAGAAAAUUCCCUCUAAGUUUGCUGAUGUGUUUGUGAUUAUUCUGCUGAUGUUUUAAUUUCUUAGUGAUUGGCAGCUAAUCUAGGAUGCAUUUUGUAUCUGCUUUAUAUGAAGGUGGAGAUGGGGUAAGGGAACUUUUACCCCCUGGUUUGUGGUUUCAUCUUAGCAUUCCUGAACAAUCUGGACAAAUGGAUUUGUCUAACAACGUUUAAGAGUGGACCUGCUGCAUUACUUUAGAUUAGCCAUUUGAUCACAUAAAAUUUCACUUGUUUUAAAGCUAUUGAAUUUGUCAUAGAACAGCUCACGUCUGGUUUAAGUUUUACUUUAGUUUAUCAGCAUUUUGCACGUUUAAUCCUGUAAGAGGUUUGUGUUUAUUUGUAUUGUUUUCAUUUGAAACAGCUGUCAAUUAAGCACAAACGUGAUUACUAAAACUUAACUGAAAACGUGACUGCACUAGAUAAUCACCUGUGUGAUGGUGAAUUGUCUGGGUUCUGUUUUAAGAAUCAAGUUCACUUGAUCUUUAAUUUAUCAUGAUUUUCGUUUGUUUGUUUUGUAUUUGUUUUUUAAAACGCGAGUGAGAGAAACCUAUCAUCCGCAACAAAAGGGAAAAUCAACAAAAAUGGAACAAUAAUAUUUUAAGACAACCAGAGAGUGUGGGAACAUUUGAUCACGCGAUUGCGAUGAUGCUGGAGAUUCGGUUGUGAAGUGAAUAGAAUGUCGAGGCAAUUUUGAUAGUUUUCCGAUCAUUGUGUAGAGAAAAUACAGUGAAAACUGGUGUUUGCUUUGCGUUUUGAUGCAGUUAAACUGAAGCGAGGAGUGAUUAACAUUUUUUUAAGUUCGCUUUCCGUUUUGACAAAACAUCCAUGAAAGGAAACGCUGAUGCAUUAUUCUAGUAACAGUUUUUUUCAGUAUUUGUGAACAAGCUGUCAUGCACUAACAAAAACUCAUGGUGUCAGUAUGUACUUAUGAACGGGAGGGCGAUAGAUCUCUCCACCCUUUAGAAACAGCACAUCCACCUUCACUCAGAGGCGGAACAGCCUUAGAUGAAAAUAGCUUGGUAUAACUUGCGCUAUUUAUUUUAUUUUGUAUUUAUUUUAAUCUAAUAUACCUUCACACUUGCAUUAUUACACAUCGAGGGCCUUUCUACUCGGAAUAAUGGCGCGUAUUGCGUUUGCGCUGCACUGCGGCCUUUCUUUUGUUGUUCUGUUCCUUCACCCCGUCAUCGGAGACGUGAGCUACUCUAUUCCGGAGGAGAUGAAACGCGGUUCCGUGAUUGGAAACGUUGCUAAGGAUCUGGGACUCGACCUGGGCACACUGUCGGCUCGGAAGGCGCGUAUUGAUACCGAGGAUAACAGCGGCAAAUACUGCAUGAUCAAUUUUAACACGGGAGAGCUGAUUGUGCAGGAGAGGAUCGACAGAGAAGGUCUUUGUGAGAAGAAGCCGUCCUGCGUUGUUAAACAAGAGCUGGUUCUGGAAAAUCCCCUCGAACUGCAUCGAAUUAACAUCCACAUCCGGGAUAUUAAUGAUAAUUCUCCCCAGUUUAAGGAGGAAUCCCUUAAAUUCGAAAUACGGGAAUCAGCAGAUAAAGGUGCGACUUUUGUUCUUGAUGAAGCGCACGAUGCGGACAUCGGAGAUAAUGCUGUGCAGGACUACUCGCUCCAACAGAAUGAUUAUUUCAAAUUAAAUGUCAAAUCAAAAGGUGCUGGACGGAAAUACAGUGAGUUGGUGCUCGAGAAGGAGCUAGACCGAGAGGAGAAAAAAGAAGUCAUUUUGUUGCUGACAGCUUUAGAUGGUGGAUCUCCUCAGAGAUCAGGUACAGUAGUCAUACACGUCACUGUGCUGGAUGCUAAUGAUAACGCCCCAGUGUUCAGUCAGGCUGUUUACAAAGCCAGUCUGCCUGAAAACUCUCCUUUAGACACGGUUGUUCUUACAGUAACUGCUGCUGAUGCUGAUGAGGGAGUGAAUGGAGAAGUUAUUUACGGGUUUGAUCACGUUUCUGAUGAAAAUCAGAUGUUUUCUUUAGAUCCUAAAACUGGAGAAGUGAAUAUAGUCAAAAUUCUUGAUUAUGAAAAGAAAUCAUCGUAUGAAAUACAAAUAAGCGCUAAAGAUGGAUUAGGAUUAGCAUCAUAUGCGUCUUUAUUAAUUGAAAUAAUAGAUGUAAAUGACAACGCCCCCGUGAUUAACCUAAAGUCCCUGUCCAACCCGGUACCUGAGAACGCACCACCUGGUACAGAGGUGGGCAUCAUCAACGUGCAGGACAGAGACUCUGAGAAGAACCGACAGGUCCGCUGCUCCAUCCAGCAGAACGUUCCUUUUAAGUUGGUUCCUUCUAUUAAAAACUAUUAUUCUCUGGUGACCACAGGACAGCUGGACCGUGAACUAGUGUCUGAUUACAACAUUACAAUCAGUGCCACUGACGAGGGCUCUCCACCUCUGUCCUCCUCUAAAACUGUUCAGUUAUCUGUAGCUGACAUCAACGACAACCCGCCUGUGUUUGAGGAGCAGUCCUACAGCGCUUAUGUGAGUGAAAAUAACAAACCUGGCUCCACUUUAUGUUCCGUUAGUGCUCGAGACCCGGACUGGAGACAAAACGGUACCGUGAUUUAUUCUCUGUUACCUGCUGAGGUGAAUGGUGCGUCAGUGUCCUCCUAUCUAUCAGUUAACGGAGACACGGGGGUGAUCCACGCUGUCAGGUCAUUUGAUUAUGAACAGCUGAGGAGUUUUAAAGUCCACGUGAUGGCCAGAGACAACGGUUCUCCUCCUCUCAGCAGCAACGUGACCGUGAGUGUGUUCGUAUCAGAUGUGAAUGACAACUCUCCUCAGAUACUGUACCCCGCCCCGGAGGGCAGCUCCUUCAUGACCGAGCUGGUCCCCAAAGCUGCACACGGAGGCUCUCUGGUGUCCAAAGUGAUAGCGGUGGACGCGGACUCUGGACAGAACGCCUGGCUGUCCUAUCAGAUAGUCAGAUCCACUGAUCCGGGACUUUUCACUAUCGGUGUGCACAGCGGAGAGAUCAGGACGCAGCGGGACAUUUCUGAAUCUGACAGCAUGAAACAGAACCUGAUUGUAGCAGUGAAAGAUAACGGACAGCCCUCUCUGUCUGCCACCUGUGCCAUGUAUUUACUGAUUUCUGAUAACUUGGCUGAGGUGCCAGAGCUGAAAGAUAUUUCUUAUGAUGACAAGAACUCCAAACUGACCUCGUAUCUGAUCAUUGCGCUGGUGUGUGUGUCCACCUUCUUCCUGACCUUCAUCAUCAUCGUCCUGGGUGUGAGGUUUUGUCGCAGGAGAAAGCCCAGGCUGUUGUUUGAUGGAGCAGUGGCCAUUCCCGGAGCUUAUCUCCCUCCUAAUUACGCAGAUGUUGAUGGAACAGGAACUUUACGCAGCUCCUACAACUAUGACGCCUACCUGACAACAGGAUCUAGAACCAGUGACUUUAAGUUUGUGUCAUCUUACAAUGACAACACGCUGCCUGCUGACCAGACUCUGAAGAAAAGUCCCUCUGAGUUUGCUGAUGUGUUUGGAGACUGUGAUUCUUCCCCUGAGGUAAGAAUAGGUCAGAUGUUACCCAUGUGAGCUUUGUCUUGAAAGAAAAUAGGAACUUG